AUGGAGUUUUCCAGGUUUUUUUCUUUGACUUUCUUCAUCAUAUACUUUGUUAUACUCCAUUUUCUUUUUGUUUACUCGUUUCUUUCUUUCUUUAUCAUUUUCUUUUUUCUUUCUUUCUUUACUAUUUUUUUCUUUCUUUCUUCCUUCCUUCCUUCCUUACUAUUUUCUCUCCCUCUUUCUUUACCAUUUUUCCACAUUUUUCUUUACUAUUUUCUUUCUUUCUUUGCCAUUUUCUUUCUUUCUUUCUUUCUUUCUUUACUAUUUUCUUUCUUUCUUUCUUUCUUUACUAUUUUCUUUCUUUCUUUCCUUCUUUACUAUUUUCUUUCUUUCUUUCUUUCUUUACUAUUUUCUUUCUUUCUUUGCCAUUUUCUUUCUUUCUUUCUUUCUUUAAUAUUUUCUUUCUUUCUUUCUUUGCCAUUUUCUUUCUUUCUUUCUUUACUAUUUUCUUUCUUUCUUUGCCAUUUUCUUUCUUUCUUUCUUUACUAUUUUCUUUCUUUCUUUCUUUCUUUACUAUUUUCUUUCUUUCUUUGCCAUUUCCUUUCUUUCUUUCUUUAUUUCUUUCUUUCUUUACUAUUUUCUUUCUUUCUUUCUUUACUAUUUUCUUUCUUUCUUUGCCAUUUUCUUUCUUUCUUUCUUUCUUUCUUUACUAUUUUCUUUCUUUCUUUCUUUCUUUACUAUUUUCUUUCUUUCUUUGCCAUUUUCUUUCUUUCUUUCUUUCUUUCUUUCUUUACUAUUUUCUUUCUUUCUUUACUAUUUUCUUUCUUUCUUUGCAAUUUUCUUUCUUUCUUUCUUUCUUUACUAUUUUCUUUCUUUCUUUGCCAUUUUCUUUCUUUCUUUCUUUCUUUACUAUUUUCUUUCUUUCUUUCUUUCUUUACUAUUUUCUUUCUUUCUUUGCAAUUUUCUUUCUUUCUUUCUUUCUUUACUAUUUUCUUUCUUUCUUUCUUUCUUUACUAUUUUCUUUCUUUCUUUGCCAUUUUCUUUCUUUCUUUCUUUCUUUCUUUCUUUACUAUUUUCUUUCUUUCUUUGCCAUUUUCUUUCUUUCUUUCUUUACUAUUUUCUUUCUUUCUUUCUUUACUAUUUUCUUUCUUUCUUUACUAUUUUCUUUCUUUCUUUGCAAUUUUCUUUCUUUCUUUCUUUCUUUACUAUUUUCUUUCUUUACUAUUUUCUUUCUUUCUUUGCAAUUUUCUUUCUUUCUUUCUUUCUUUACUAUUUUCUUUCUUUCUUUGCCAUUUUCUUUCUUUCUUUCUUUCUUUCUUUCUGUUGUUUUCAACACUUUCUUUACUAUUUUCUUUCUUUCUUUGCCAUUUUCUUUCUUUCUUUCUUUACUAUUUUCUUUCUUUCUUUCUUUACUAUUUUCUUUCUUUCUUUGCCAUUUUCUUUCUUUCUUUCUUUCUUUCUUUCUUUACUAUUUUCUUUCUUUCUUUCUUUCUUUACUAUUUUCUUUCUUUCUUUCUUUCUUUACUAUUUUCUUUCUUUCUUUCUUUCUUUACUAUUUUCUUUCUUUCUUUGCCAUUUUAUUUCUUUCUUUCUUUAUUUCUUUCUUUCUUUACUAUUUUCUUUUUUUCUUUCUUUACUAUUUUCUUUCUUUCUUUGCCAUUUUCUUUCUUUCUUUCUUUCUUUACUAUUUUCUUUCUUUCUUUCUUUCUUUCUUUACUAUUUUUUUUUUCUUUCUUUCUUUUUCUUUUAUUUUCUUUCUUUCUUUCUUUUCUUUCUUUUACUAUUUUCUUUCUUUCUUUCUUUCUUAACUAUUUUCUUUCUUUCUUUGCCAUUUUCUUUCUUUCUUUGCCAUUUUCUUUCUUUCUUUUUUUCUUUCUUUCUUUAAUAUUUUCUUUCUUUCUUUGCCAUUUUCUUUCUUUCUUUCUUUCUUUACUAUUUUCUUUCUUUCUUUCUUUACUAUUUUCUUUCUUUCUUUGCCAUUUUCUUUCUUUCUUUGCCAUUUUCUUUCUUUCUUUCUUUCUUUACUAUUUUCUUUCUUUCUUUGCCAUUUUCUUUCUUUCUUUCUUUCUUUACUAUUUUCUUUCUUUCUUUCUUUCUUUCUUUACUAUUUUCUUUCUUUCUUUGCCAUUUUCUUUCUUUCUUUCUUUCUUUCUUUACUAUUUUCUUUCUUUCUUUCUUUCUUUACUAUUUUCUUUCUUUCUUUGCCAUUUUCUUUCUUUCUUUCUUUACUAUUUUCUUUCUUUCUUUGCCAUUUUCUUUCUUUCUUUCUUUCUUUACUAUUUUCUUUCUUUCUUUCUUUCUUUCUUUACUAUUUUCUUUCUUUCUUUCUUUCUUUCUUUACUAUUUUCUUUCUUUCUUUGCCAUUUUCUUUCUUUCUUUCUUUCUUUCUUUACUAUUUUCUUUCUUUCUUUGUCAUUUUCUUUCUUUCUUUCUUUCUUUAUUAUUUUCUUUCUUUUAUUUGCCAUUUUCUUUCUUUCUUUCUUUACUAUUUUCUUUCUUUCUUUCUUUCUUUACUAUUUUCUUUCUUUCUUUGCCAUUUUUCUUUCUUUCUUUCUUUCUAUUUUCUUUCUUUUCUUUCUUUCUUUCUAUUUUCUUUCUUUCUUUUGCCAUUUUCUUUCUUUCUUUCUUUACUAUUUUCUUUCUUUCUUUGCCAUUUUCAUUCUUUCUUUCUUUACUAUUUUCUUUCUUUCUUUCUUUACUAUUUUCUUUCUUUCUUUGCCAUUUUCUUUCUUUCUUUCUUUACUAUUUUCUUUCUUUCUUUCUUUCUAUUUUUUUCUUUCUUUCUUUCUUUACUAUUUUCUUUCUUUCUUUUGCCAUUUUUCUUUCUUUUCUUUCUUUCUUUUACUAUUUUUCUUUCUUUCUUUCUUUUCUUUACUAUUUUUCUUUCUUUCUUUCUUUCUUUACUAUUUUCUUUCUUUCUUUUGCCAUUUUUUCUUUCUUUCUUUCUUUCUUUACUAUUUUUCUUUUUUAUUUGCCAUUUUCUUUCUUUCUUUUACUUUUCUUUCUUUCUUUUUUUUUCUUUACUAUUUUCUUUCUUUCUUUCUUUACUAUUUUCUUUCUUUCUUUGCCAUUUUUCUUUCUUUCUUUUCUUUCUUUUACUAUUUUCUUUCUUUUUCUUUUUUCUUUACUAUUUUUCUUUCUUUCUUUUGCCAUUUCUUUCUUUCUUUCUUUCUUUACUAUUUUUCUUUCUUUCUUUCUUUCUUUACUAUUUUCUUUCUUUCUUUCUUUCUUUUAUUUUCUUUCUUUCUUUCUUUCUUUACUAUUUUCUUUCUUUCUUUGCCAUUUUCUUUCUUUCUUUUUCUUUACUAUUUUCUUUCUUUCUUUUUGCCAUUUUUUUCUUUCUUUCUUUACUUUUUUCUUUCUUUUUUUGCUUUUUUUCUUUUUUCUUUCUUUACUAUUUUUUUCUUUCUUUGCCAUUUUCUUUCUUUCUUUCUUUUUUUUUUCUUUCUUUUUAUUUUCUUUCUUUUUUACUAUUUUCUUUAA